GCGAAAACAGGAGGUUACCGGUGAGCCAAGCUUAGACACGCAGUUAGAGAAUAUUAAGACAGAUAUUUAAGUGGUUAAUGUGCACACAGAAGAGGGAGGAAGACGCUCUGCCGGGACGAGAUCUGUACCAACACGUGAAGAAGUAUGAAUUGUUUGAGCGGAAGAACCGGGGUCAGAGGACGACAUCAAAGUGCGCUCUGAUCAAAGGGGUUUGAGUGCUGGAUUUUUACCAUCUUCUGUUGAAGAUUCAUCUAUAAUUUACAUCUUGCCAUCACUGAGCUCCCAGGCCAGCCCCCCCCCCCCCCCCAUGACAGGGGAUGUUGUACCAGCUCCCCAGCAGGGGGACCCAGCUGCUGCAGCACCCACCCCUGGGGAGCCAGGGGUGGGUGUGGAUGUGGAGUGUCCCAUCUGCUACCAGGAGUACGACCAGUACAACAAAUGCCCCCGGAUGCUGGAGUGCCUCCACGUUUUUUGCACAGAGUGCCUCCAGAAGAUUCAACUCUGUCGCUGCGAGCCCCCCGACCCCAACACACCAGCCAUCCCCUGCCCCCUGUGCCGCCACCUCACCCCCUUAGAAACAGGAAAUGCCCUCUCCUUACCCUGCAACUCCCGCAUCCUGGCCAGGCUGCCCCCCGUGGCCUUCCGCCUGCCUGUGACCAUGGCGACCCGCCUGGCCACGGUCACCCAGAGGGUAGUACUCUCCCUGGAGGGCGACAACAGGGACACCCGCUUCAUCAUCCUGCCCACCGUCAGCCUGAGGGUGCAGCAGAUGCACCCGGACAGACCGUACGGCACGGCGCCAGGCCUUGUGGGUGAAGAGGAAGUCAUACAGCAGAGCAAGAAGACGCUGUUCUGUGUGCAGCUGCUGGCUGUCAUCUUCUGGGUGCUAUUUGUGAUCACCUGCGUGGUCGGGGUGGUGUUUGGGCCACAUUUCUUGAACAGACAACUUUGAUAGGAAACUGGUUUUUAUCUCAUUUUGUAGCAGAUGUAGUUCUUGAUAUGAAGUCAUGUAAAAAAAAACAUAGGUUGACACAUGAAGGUUUAGAGCACAUAAAACACAAAUUGUUUUUCAAUUAUAUUUUUAUGAAUAUAUUUUUGACCACUGUGGUUGCUAUUCACCCUGUAGUUAUGGGACCUACUCAUAUUCUAUUUGUUUUUUUUACUAGAAUACCAUCAUGUAUACCAGUCCUUCCUUACUGUACUGCAUAUCUGCCUCUCUUUCAUUAAUAGAUUGAUGAAGAGUUCCCUCUAGUGGUUUAUAUGGAAAUGGAUGAACUGAGCUCACAUCCAUAAUAUUUAUUAUUUUUGAAUACUCUGAGGUACUGUCAUUUAUCAUUCACGUCCAUGUUUGCAGUUUUUCCCUGUCAGCUGAUGAUUGUACUACUAAUGAAAAAAAAACUGAAUAAAGCUGCUGU